UACUCUACACUCUACACUCGACAACUAGCUACUCUACUACUCUUCGGUCAUCACCUACUUGAGAGUUUCAGACCACCAACACAGAGAGAUCAUGGCGGGUGGGGCGAAGGCGUCUUGGAUGGUGGCGAUGAGCGUGGGCGCGGUGGAGGCGCUCAAGGACCAAGCUGGGCUCUGCCGCUGGAACUACGCCCUCAAAUCCAUACAUCGGGCAGCCAAGGCCAGCGCCAACGUCCGCGGCGGCGUCUCGCAGGGCGCCAGGCAGCUUCCGACCUCUGCUGCGGCGGUGGCCGAGAGGCAGCGAGCGGAGAAGGCCGAGGAAGGGCUGAGGACGGUGAUGUACCUCAGCUGUUGGGGUCCAAAUGGCCGCAUGCAUCUUUCUAAUGCAGAGGCCGGGGAAUUCCCCCUUUUCAAAAAAAAAAAAGCUGUUGGGGUCCAAAUUAGCAGCUGCAACUUGGUGCUAGCUAGGCGUGUGUGUGUUUGCUGCAACAACCAUGGCCUGAGACCACGAUUUAAAAAGUUGGUACUAGCUGGCUUCCCGUGGAAUCCCCCAUUGUAAAAACCACGAUGAUGAUGAUGACAAAUUACUGUU